UCUGCUGUAAUCGCAGCUCAUCCCGACCGUCUGAGACGCAGUUUGGUCGUCAGCGCUGAGCGGAGAGCUGCACAGAGUCGGCACAAAGAAGAAGAAGAAGAAGAAGAGCGAGCGGGUCCAGCUUAAACCAACACCGGCAGCGCUGCUCGCCGUCCGUCUGCCCAGACAGCCAGCCAGCCAGCCAGCCAGCGAGGGGGGUUUGAGUUGUGGCUAACAGUCCUGGCGCUGGGAGGCUGGGUGGUUGUUCGGCCGUUCGGCCACAGCGAUACUUCGGUUACCUGCUUAGCUACCGCGGGUCACGUUCCCCACAUUCAUCCCUGAAGUGAGGAGGACAAUAGAAACUGUAGCCGUAACUACGCGCAGUGUCGCGUGUGAUGAGGAGUGAGCGCCGGGUGUUGCAUUAGUGCCUGUGUGUCAUGCUGGCCUGUCUGCCGGUAUCAACCCCCUCUCUCCAGAUUCUCACCCACACGCAGAUGAACACUGGACUUCAGAAAUGGGACACUACGCAGAAGAUGAGAUCUGCACAGUAUCCAACCCCAGCGGAAUUGGAUGCCUAUGCUAAGAAAGUUGCCAAUAACCCACUGACUAUAAAAAUCUUCCCCAGUAGCGUGAAGGUACCUCAGAGAAAGCAUCUCCGGCGUACAGUGAACGGUCUUGACACAUCCAGUCAGCGAUACAGUCCUUACCCAUCUCAGGUCAGCACCAGGACAGGCCUCUUGGCCAUAGUCAAAGUUCCUGUUAAAGGAAUCCUCAAGGAGUUUGAAGGCGGCCGAGCCCGCUUCCUCCCCAAGAUCGUCAUGAACCCGCAGAGUGGACCCUACGGCACUCCAAGCACUUUAAACCUGCCUCAGACUGUUCCUCGCAUGCAGGCACUAUCCCAACCACAGCUGUUGGCCCAGAAGAGCCUUUCCCACCGUCAGAGCUUGCAGGCCCAGCAGGCCCUUCCCCAUCCCCAUACGAUGCAGCAGCAGAAGGUUCUAGCUCAUCCUCCUAGUUUACAACAGCAGCAAAGCCUGGGCCAUCAGCAGACUGUCCAUCCUAGCCUGGCUAGCCAGCAGGCUGCACCUCAUCAUGCUCUCAACCACCAACACACCCUCGUGCAGCAGCAGCAGCACCACCAGUCAGGUUCACAGGGCCUCCGGCACCUUCCUGACAUGGCUCAGUCAGCCUGCCUGCAGCACGCCCAGGGUUUCCCCCAAUCUCAGCAGGUUCCUCAAGCCACUGGUGCAGGCCCUCCAGCCUCCAGUGGCGUCAUGCAGCCGCUGCAGCACCCACCAGGCAUGCAGGUUCCUGGCAAGCUCCCUGAUGCUGAUGCCCCUCCUAAUGUGACUGUGUCUACCUCAACUAUCCCGCUGUCUAUGGCUGCCAGCCUGCACCAGAACCGGCCCGGCGACCUGAACAGUAUCGUGCACCAGAUCAACCAGUUUUGCCAGGCCCGGGCUGGUGUGAGUGCUACCUCCGUGUGCGAAGGACAGAUCGCCAACCCCAGCCCCAUCAGCCGCAACCUGCUGAUUAACGCCAGCUCCAGAGUGUGCACCCACAACCCUCUACCCUCUUGCGCCCUCAGCAACACUUCAGACAAAACUGGCCCUGUUCCUGCUCUUACACUGCCUAGCAUGGCCGCCAUGAACAGGAUGCCUGCUUAUCAUGAUUUGAAGCAGCAGCAGGCCCAACCUCAGUUGCCACAGCAACAACAACUUCAGCAGCGCUCAUGGAACCAGCAGCAGCUGGCUCACCUCCAGCCCCUGCAGGACGGCGCCCACCCCAGCAAGAAUCCACCCAGAGACCUGCCCGGCUUCCCCACCAAGAGCAUGAGUUACCCACAGGACGCAUGCAUGGGCCAGCCGUUCAGUCUGAAGCCCCUCAUAGACAAGCCCACACCCUCUCCCCCGGUCAGUGCCAUGCCAGGGGCCAUGAAUUACAGCAAUGGGCACUACAUGCAGCCUCCAUGGAACAGCAUCUUGCCGACGCCAAACAGUGACAGCUCAGGGUCUCAGGACCUGGCUAUUCCAUUCCACGGGGGCCUUUCAGGGGCUUCCAUAGACUGCACCCCUGGUGCCCAGUACAGAACCGGGGCCGGUGCCUCGGGCCAGACGAACGCGAUGCAAACCAUGGAGUACGUGGGCGGAGAUUUCCAGACACCCUGCUUCAGAGAGCAGAACGCGGCCAUGAUGAAGAUGCGCAGGCCCCCAGAUACAGGCGACAGUCGAAAUGUACAUAUUCAUCACCCAGGGUACAGAUGAGCUGCGGCCUGUUCAGACUAGUCAUCGUUCAGUGUUAGCGUUGAUGUAAGGAAUCUAUCCCUGCUCCUCCUUUUUUGUUUCCAGUCUUGCAAGUGAUCUACUGAAUGUUUUCUACAUUUAUGGUAUUUUUCCAGAUUUUUUUUUGACUGCUACAAAAAAUACAAACAAAAAACAUCAGUAUACUCCUCUUAACUAUGUGCAAGCUUUCACUCGACUCUUCUGUUUGUGUAGAUUAGAUUAAGAAGUAGCCUGUGUUGGCAUAUAUUUAUUUGCGUUUAAAGAGCACACCAUACCGGCAUCGUUACGGUUGACGAACGCCGCAUCCGUUCUUUUCUGUGUGAGCUUGGCGUUCCCGUCUAGACUUACUCAGCUGACCUUUUCAGCUAGAUGUUCUCCACUGGUUGCUUCCACAGACAUGGUUUUUGCUCAAGACGGUAUAUGGUUGGUGUAUAACAUGCUGUCGUAUUAUUUCCGUAGAGGCGUGCGAGUUAUUUUGGUGUAGUUUACUUCAUUUGUUUUCAUAGAAGUGCUGAUACUGACGGGCCACACUCACAGUUCACGGAAGAGGUUCUUUGGGGUGCCACGUUUCUGAGAUAUGAGACUGUUUCUUCUGUCAUUUCUGGCAUUUCUGACACAGUGAUCAGAGUUUUCCCUUUCAAUGUUUACAUGUUGGUUUGCGCUUGUAACCUUGAAUCAGUAAAAAGUGCAAACUGACACUGGGAUAUGCACCUAUGACGAGACUGUUUCCUGAGGCUGUUGUACACGACUUGGGCUCUUUGAUCGGACUGUUACCCUAAGGCUUUCUCAGUGUGAACCCCACCCACCUGCUUUUGUAUUAGCCAGCAUUGUGCCCUUUCUGUUCUCAGUAUAUGCCAUUGGACUCAUUGUUAUUUUGCUGUAAAGUGGUGGGACAGUGUGCUUUGGAAAAACAUUUUUUUUUUGUAGUUUAUUUUUCUUUUUUUCCCCACUUUUGAUUCCGUUACUUGAGUUUCUAAGAAGUCUAUGUUUGUCUGUAAAACUAGUUAAUGUUCACUACAGGUGUUUCCAACUUUUCAGGGUGUUAUGCAGUACAAUCCUUCAUUUAUUUAUUUUCCAGAAAACAGCCAUCAAGUACAAGUGAUUUGAUUUUCAACGUCAGGGGUUAAAUAGAAAAUUCACAGGAAAUUACAUAGAAACCUUGACAACCAAGUAGUUUUUCAGUUUUUCACAAAAACCUGCAGGGAUAUUAUUCCACACCUGAAAAGUUCAGGCUUAGAAGUUGGCUGAAUUUUACGUUCCUCGCAAUCCGAGUCAUCCCAGACACGUUCGGCGAUGUUGAGGUCUGGACUCUGAGGUGGUCAGUGCAUUUGUUGGAUUUCUCAGUAAUCCUUUCAGACUCGGUGUUGUCUUCUCACACUGGAAGGAUGAACAGGAACACCUGAGGAUUUUUCAGAUCUGAAUCAAAAGUGGAGCUUUUUUUUUUUCUUCCUCUCUCUCAAAGAAAGCUUUAAGUAUUUAUAUGGUGACAGUUUUGGGGGGUCUGCCAGGUCUUGGAUGGUUGUUAGGAAUCCCAUUCUUUCCCAAGUUUUAGGGGGAAAAAAAUUCCACUUACUUGCAUUUGAUUUUCCUCUUCCCUGUACGAGUAAAUCAUCUUCUAUCUAAUCUCCUCAGAAACAUCUGGAAAAUGAGUAUCUUGUCCUGAACGGUCAUCUUCACUGGAAAUUAAAGGAGUGGGUUUUGAAUAGUGCGGUUUCUGUCAGGGAUCUGUCUUUGGCUUUUUAUAUUGAAAUACGUCUGUGUGGACAGAAAGAGUUGAUCCUACACAAGCCGUUUAACUGAGACGUCGGUUAAACCUUGGCCCAGGUUCUGAAGUGAGCGUGCAGAGGAGCUGGAUUUUUCUCUCUGAAAACUUCUGAAUUUUUCCAUUUAAUGGUUAUUUUUCAAUCACUGUCAAAGGAAAUCUUUCUUUGUGCAUAAAUGGAUCACUUGCAAGUUUUAUGGCAAUAUAAAAGAGGACCACAGGCUAAAUAUGAGGUUUUAUUUUUAUUUUAUUUUUUUUGGGCUGUACUACUGUAACUGAGAGCUGUGAUUAAGCCUUGUGUGAAUGCUGUGUCGGCGUGAACCGGACUCUUGUGUUUUGCUCCAUUAGUAACACCAUUCUGCUCUUUUUCUGGCAGGGUGAUUUUUCAAGGCUGUUAGAAUCCGUGAAGUUGUUCUAUUUGUUGCUAGUCCUCACAAAGUUUCAUCUCAGGUGGGGGGGGGGGAUCAGUGAGCUGUUUCAAAAUGAAGAUGAGAUGUCCAGAUAUACGAGAUAUGAAGCCUGAGGUUUUUCUCUCAGCCCAGUUCCAUUCUCCAUAGUCAACCCUGUGACACUCGGCUUUGGUUUCUAGUGAACGGUCUCCUCUGCUUCAGGAAUGCUCUUGUAUGACGAGUUCCUCUCUUUCUCAGGUCAACUGGUGCCUCUUCACAUGCUGUCUGCCCACUUCAUGUAUGUUACAGUUCAGCUAAAGUUCCUCCCCCACCCCUGUAACGGUAAACUGGUCUCUCCAUGUGUGUAUCAGGGCAGGACAUCUGGCAGCCAGGUGCAGGUAUUGUCAGACUGCAGACAGACUUUGGUGUAACUGAUGGAGCAACCGAUGAGCGGUGUGUGGGUGGUGCGAGUGACACCCAGUAUCUUAGCCUCCCUGGUCGCCCCUUAAGAGCCUUAAAUAUUUGUUCCUCGGACUGUCCUCGAUAACAGGCAUGGUGUUAGAAGAUGCUGAAUUGUGAUAUUAGCAAUUUCAAUGUUUUUUAUUUUAAUGUGACGUCCAUCAUUUUUGGGGAAAAAUGUAAUCCUAAAAAUGAGGAUGAACUUUUUGUAUUUAGCAACUUAAUCUAUGUAUAGUACUGGGCUGUAACAGAUUGUCAUUUUGCAUCCAGACCACACCACGUUAUGUUGCCCUCCUCAGCUUCAUAAUUUACUGUAUGUAUACUGGAUUUGCCUGUCCAAGUCCUCCGUCUGUCUCCGUGUCAUGGGAAAGGAUUCUAAACGCAGAGCGCGAAACGAUGCAGGCUGACUUGAACAGAGCUUUGUGACGUGAUCAGUGAAGCCUGAAGGGUCUGCGACCACGCGGACGGGCUCGAGGCCGUUCAGCAGGAAUAGGCCCUUCCUUCGUUUGUCACUGUACUUUGCCCAGGAAGCUGCUAUUUAAUUCCAUCCACAUAUUGUGAGUUACGCCGCCUUCUAAAUGUCGUAAAGAUAGAAACUAGUUCUAAUUUAUGAUGCGCCUUUUUGCAAUGCAACAUCGUUAAUAGAUUUGUUCGGUAGUAAGUUAAUGCAUUUGCCUGUCAACUGCAAGCUGCUUCUCCUCAUUUUUAAUCGUAAAAGCUCGAACGUGAGAUUUGACACGUUUCGUUCGAUCCUCAUUUCACGCCUUGUUACAGCUCAAGGUUGCAAAGUCAGGUCGCUCUUUAUAAUAGUUACUGUUUCCAUGUGAAGUGCCUCCACUGGGCGGAUGUGGACUGUGUGUAUGCGACUGCCUGGAUGUGUAUGUAGGAAACGUACUGGCACAAGUGCACACUGCGUAGACCCGGUGCACUGUUCAUGAACGGGGGACCAAGCUACUUAAAACUACUGAUAUAAAAAUAAAAUAAAAAAAACAAAAAAAAAAACACAAAACACGAUGCAUGUGCCGCCACAGGCAUACGAUCUGUUUGAAUUUGAAUAGUUGCUGCUGUAUCGUUAGUCGAGGUGGUUAAACCUACGCUGCUGAACUUCUAGUGCCCUAUAAACAUUCUAAGGAGUGCUUUAGAAAGUUCUUUAUAUCUUACAGAGCACAUGUACUCCCAGUCGCUCCCCUCGCAAACCGACUCGACAGCCACUUUGAAGCUCGGGAGUCUGUUGGGAGUUGUGCCGAGUGUGUCUCAUCUUGUUCCACCAAAGAACAAAAUGCCGCUUGAAUGGUAGCAGUGUACACCUGUAACUGUGUAACUGAAAUCUGUCAUUCCGGAUGCCCAUUUUUUUCAGGAACAAUGUGUUGCACAGACAUUCCCCUCUAACCAAAAUAAAGUUUGACUUGCAUUUGCAAAG